AUGUCCGACCAGGUUCAGGAGAUUCUCGAUGUCCCGAGGGAGUUUGUCAAGGAUGGAGUGCAGUUCAUGAACCGCUGCCAAAAGCCUGACCGCAAGGAGUUCAUCAAGAUCUCUCAGGCCGUGGGUGUUGGUUUCCUGAUCAUGGGGGCUGUUGGUUACGUCGUCAAGCUGAUUCACAUCCCUCUCAACAACAUCCUCGUAGGAGGCGCAUAA